GUAGCGAGGCGCGCGGCCGAGGGUGAAAGGGGUGACUGCGGUGACCGAGGGAAGGCGGCGGCUGCGUGUUCUCUGCCCUCUGGGCUUGACUUGCGGUUGGAGGUGAGGCCGCCCGGAGCAGCCUGUCGGAGGAGUCGGCUGGGGAGUUGGAAUUGUUUGGGAGUGGACCCUGAUUCCAGCCAUGGGCUUGUCGACCUCGACUGAGGCUGUCCCGGUGGAGACAAAGCAUGAAAGUACAAGGAAAGGUUGUCCGAUGCAUGCGGGAUCAUCUGACCAAAACUGUGAGAAGAAAACAGACUCUGUGCCAGCUCACCAAGACCGUGCGUAUGAGUACGUGGAAUGCCCCGUUACAGGUGCUAAGUUCAAGAGAAAGGAAAACCUAGAUCCUUCCAACAUGAUGCCACCACCUAACCAAACACCAGCCCCAGAUCAACCGUUUGCGUUAUCUACUGCCCGAGAGGAGUCGUCCAUUCCGAGGGCAAAUUCGGAGAGGAAGUGGGUUUAUCCUUCUGAACAGAUGUUCUGGAAUGCAAUGUUAAGGAAAGGGUGGAAGUGGAAGGAAGAGGAUAUCACUCAGCAAGACAUGUCUAAUAUUAUUAAAAUUCACAAUCAGAAUAAUGAGCAGGCUUGGCAGGAGAUUCUGAAGUGGGAAGCCCUUCACGCAAGAGAGUGUCCUUGCGGUCCCUCACUGAUCCGGUUUGGAGGGAAGGCCCGAGAGUAUUCGCCGAGGGCAAGGAUUCGUUCCUGGAUGGGGUACGAGCUGCCUUUCGACAGGCAUGACUGGGUCAUCGACCGCUGUGGAAGGGAAGUGAGAUAUGUGAUCGACUACUACGAUGGUGGCCAAGUCAACCAGGAUUACCAGUUUGCCAUCCUGGACGUGCGGCCCGCGCUGGAUUCAUUCUCUGCAGUGUGGGACAGAAUGAAGGUUGCUUGGUGGCGUUGGACUUCGUACUCCCAACACCUCCAGGUGCUCUGCUGCUUGUGGAUGACUUCCUGCUCAGCUGGUGCUGUGCCAGGUACUUCCUCGUGCAUUCCUUCACAAAAUUCUGGGAGUUUGCCAUUACUCCCGUGCUGACAACACUGAGAAAAUGGAGGGUGCAUGUUGGAAGGCAUUUAUUCUGAUGUCACCCAGCUACUGAAAGGGGAACUUUCCCCUUGGGAGGCUGUAGUGAUGACUCAGUUGGUGCCUGGCAUUCAUGUGGGAUACCUGCAUUGAAGUCCCAGCUCUGGGCUCCAGUCUUGGCCCGGCCCUAGCCACUGCAGGUUUUUGA